GCGGAAGUGAGCCUGGUAGCAGGUGCUUGCUUAUUUUUGUCGGUGGAGGAGGCAUCUCGAGUGAUAAUACUACAGGUAAUCGUACGGAUUUCUAGAACACUUUUGUCAAUGGGGUUUAACGUACCUAUCAAGUAUCUACAAUGACAACAAUGAUGGCACAGUUGGGUGCCAUAGCCUCAAUAAUCUGUGCAAUUGGAGGUGCAGCUCUCUUCUCUUCUGUGCACAAGAUUGAGGAGGGACACACUGGAGUUUACUACAGAGGAGGAGCUCUCCUGACCACCACCAGUAGCCCUGGCUUCCACCUCAUGAUGCCCUUCAUCACUCAUUUCAAGUCUGUGCAGACCACUCUACAAACAGAUGAAGUGAAGAAUGUACCGUGUGGAACAGGUGGUGGAGUGAUGAUUUACUUUGACCGGAUAGAAGUGGUGAACUACCUCGUACCCUCAGCAGUGUAUGAUAUAGUGAAGAACUUCACAGCGGAUUACGACAAGGCCCUAAUAUUCAAUAAGGUUCACCAUGAGCUCAACCAGUUCUGCAGCGUCCAUUCUCUUCAGGAGGUCUACAUCGGCUUGUUCGACCAGAUAGAUGAGAACCUGAAGCUGACCUUACAAGAAGAUCUGACCAGCAUGGCUCCUGGACUGAUCAUACAGGCGGUCCGGGUCACGAAGCCCAACAUCCCUGAGAGCAUUCGCAGGAACUAUGAGAUGAUGGAGGCCGAGAAGACAAAGCUGCUGAUUUCUGCUCAGACUCAGAAGGUGGUGGAGAAGGAGGCGGAGACAGAGCGAAAGAGGGCUGUGAUUGAGGCAGAGAAGGUGGCUCAAGUGGCGGAAAUCAAGUUUAGCCAGAAAGUCAUGGAGAAAGAAACAGAGAAAACGAUCUCUGAAAUUGAAGACAGAGCUUUCCUGGCCAAGAUGAGAGCCAGGGCCGAUGCAGAGUUCUACACAGCACAAAGAGCCGCUGAGGCCAAUAAGUUGAAGCUGACACCAGAGUACCUGCAGCUGAUGAAGUUCCAGGCCAUAGCAGCUAACAGUAAGAUCUACUUUGGCAGUGAGAUCCCCCAGAUGUUUGUUGACUCUGGGCCAGGCACAUCUAAGGCCUCAGCUGCCAUGGACGUCCUAGCUGAACAGAUCCUGGACCUGGACUGAUGGAGAGGAGAGACCCAUUCUAGGGCUGGAGCUGGGCCAAGGCCAGGCACAAAGUGGGGUGGUAGAGGAGCCUUGGGUUUUGUUUUUGUUUUUAUGAAUCCCAAAUGGCACCUUAUUCCCUAUAUAGUGUACUACUAUAGUGCACUACUAUCCAUAGGGCUCCUGUCAAAAAUAGUGCACUAUAUAGGGAAUAAGGUGCCAUUUGGGAUGCAAACCUGGACCAGGAGGCUUUAUUAGCUCUACAACAGACUAUCCUGAGAAGACCGUAGGCGAAACAGAGAUAUUGAAUGUAACAGCGUAAUGUGGUUUGUUUCUGUUGGCUGAAUUAUCACUUUUUGUUUUUGUGUUGUAUUGUUUUUCUAAUUUCCUCUUGCACCAGGGACAUUUAAACAUUAACUGAACUUAUGCAAGUGUGUGUUUUUUUUCCAUUGUUACUUCAUUUGGUAGCGUUUUCUUGUAUUUUCUAAUGAUGGUCAUCUUUUAUGUGUUGCAUAGCUCAUAAUAAGUGUAAGAGAUGUGUACAGAGAGACAGUUGUGUGUGAUUCAUUAUUUUAUCACUAAAAUGUUGGUAUUACCUUGUUUCUUCAUACAGACCGCUCUCCCAUAAGAAUUGUCUUACUAUCUUUACUAUCUUGCCAGGGUCUUAUCACAACAACAGAUGUAACAGAUCUUGACUAAACACAUAAUUGUGCAUUUUUUCUCUCAUGUACAUUAUCUCUUGUAUAGAGUUGUCACAGUGUGAUUUCUUGACAGAAAAACAAACAAAAGCUAAUUACUUUAUUGGAAGGAUUUGGUAAUGGAUUCAAUGGUAUAAUGAUCUCAAUGGGGUUGUAAAUGAAAGAUGCAUUUCACUCACUGGUACCCUCAGUGUUGGAGACAGAGCUCAUUUGGGGUUAAUCAUUUGUAUGUUUUUCACCAGUGCUUAACUAAACUUGUUUGUGAGGCAUUUGAUUCUUGUACUGUGUAUCUAUAAAACUGUUCUCUUAAUGUAACUCUGGUUUGCUCUGCGUUAGCUGUGCGAGUGAUUACCUGUAUAAACUGUUUUAGACUCGCUCAGGUUGACUUGACUGAUUACUUGAAGGGAACUGUUUUUGCACUCUCACUGAUAUUAAAUUGUGAAUGAGCAAUCCAUAAUUUUGUCAUUUAUACAAUAAAAUUAGUUUUCCUUUGUAGAGUGAUGUUUCUGUGGGUGUUUUCAUUGACUUUUUCUUACAUUGCCCUUUCACAUCUGUCAAGGAAGAAAGACAAACAUGUUGAAUCUUGAUUGGAUUCGGCUACAUACCACUGCCUAUUGAAAGGCUAGUUCAGAUGUGCUCAUGUUAUGUAAAUUGUGAUGAAAGAUUCACAGCCAUUCAGACUAUUGCACAAAGUUACGGACUGUUUCUGAAGUUAUGAAGAUGAGAAGUUACCCAAUUUGAUGACAGAGACAACUCCAAUUUAUACUUGAAGACAUGGCCUGCAGAAAAUAAACAUUAGAUAACAUAUUUUUCAAGCAUCCUCUGUUAAAUUGAACUCUUAUUUUAGAGAUGUUUGACUCAAUUUGUUGUGUAACGUUCAAAAUGUAAUGGCUCUAUUCAAUCUGUAUCGCCAAAGAGUUACAGAUUGCGCAAUAGUAAUGUAAAGGUAAUUUCAGAUUGAGCUGAUAUGCAGCGUUUAGUGUGAAUGCAGUCUCCACUAAUGCAGGAACAUGCCUUUAAAUUUCAAUCACGCUGUAACACUUCUGCAAUAUAGAUUGAAUAGAGCCCUAAAUCCAUGAUUUUGAUGAUGGCUUUAUUGUAUCCGUUAAGAAAAACAAACAAAAGCUAAUUACUUUAUUGGAAGGAUUUGGUAAUGGAUUCAAUGGUAUAAUGAUCUCAAUGGGGUUUUAAAUGAAAGAUGCAGCAUCAGAUUUUUUAACUCUGCAUUUCACUCACUGGUACCCUCAGUGUUGGAGACAGAGCUCAUUUGGGGUUAAUCAUUUGUAUGUUUUUCACCAGUGCUUAGCUAAACGUGUUUGUGAGGCAUUUGAUUCUUGUACUGUGUAUCUAUAAAACUGUUCUCUUAAUGUAACUCUGGUUUGCUCUGCGUUAGCUGUGCGAGUGACUACCUGUAUAAACUUCUAGACUCGCUCAGGUUGACUUGACUGAUUACUUGAAGGGAACUGUUUUUGCACUCUCACUGAUAUUAAAUUGUGAAUGAGCAAUCCAUAAUUUUGUCAUUUAUACAAUAAAAUUAGUUUUCCUUUGUA